AUGCACUCCAACGCCGUUCUCCUUCUCACCUUUGUCGCCUCGGCCUCCGCUGCCGUCGACUUCAUGGCCAUCCCCCACGUCCGCCGUGAACUCAACCUCCCCCGCGCAACCCCCGUCAACGAGGUCCGCGACGCCGACCCCAGCAAGUGUGCCUCCGAGGCCCUCAGCAUCGCCCAGUCCAUUCCCACGCCUCCCCCCGCGCUCGUCUCCGACCUCGCCAAGAACCCUCAGACCGACGCCUGCAAGUUCAGCUUCCCGCCCAGCCUCAGCGCCGAAUUCUCCUCCUACAGCUCCGAGGUACUCUCCUGGUACAACGGCCACAAGGACGAGCUCACGUCUCUUGCCUCGGAGUGCUCCGUGGCCAACUCCUACACCAGCCUCGUCAACACCGCCUGCUCUACCGAUGGCUCUUCUGGCUCUGGCUCUGGCCCCAACACCGCCGCUGCUGCUCCCACUGCUAGUUCUGGCUCUGGCUCUGGUUCUGGUUCUGACUCUGGCUCCGACUCUGCUUCCAAGACUUCUGGAGGUGCUGCCAAGUCUACCAACGCCGGUGCGGCUCGUGAGACUGGCAUGGCUUUUGCUGCCCUUGCUGCUGCUGGCAUUGCUGCCAUUCUGUAAACGGCUUCAUAGGGGGCAAGUGAGGCCUAUCUAUGAAAGGAUGAAACGAGAUAUCUCUAAUAUAUAUAUCAUCAUGGCAAGAUUGAAAUAUU